AUGAUGAAAAGGUCCACGAGUUGGUCGCAUGAUCUUCUUCGCAAAUUUGGUGCUUUUGUUGUUAUUGUAAUAUCUUCCCUGUACCUGAGUCUUUUUACCAAGCCAACAAUUACAACAAUUAGAAAAACCUCAUUAUCUGAACGACAAUUCGCCUCCUUAAUUGCAAGCAAAUAUGGAAAUGAACGCAUUUUAGAUGGACCGAUUUGCAUGAUGGACGGUUUAUGUCUUGUGGUCAAAGAUUUCAUAUGGGAACAUGAAGGAAGGACUGUCUUCACAAGAGAUCUAGGUGCAAAUUCAAUAUCGAUGACAACAAUGAACUUGAAAAUGCCACAAAAACUCGACAAAGCUAAUCUUGACACAAGCAAAUGGGAAGUCGAUCAAUCUUCUUUGGAUUUCACUAGUUAUACGAUUACAAUGAUAGAAGAAAUGUUUGCAUCUGGUACUGUUAAAAUUGAUUUUAAUGCUGAUGCGCAGGUGCUAAUGAUUGGUAUUGGAGGUGGAUACAUAGAUUCCUAUCUUCAUAAGGUUUAUCCAAAGAUGAAUGUAACUGCAGUCGACAUGGACCAAAAAAUGGUGGAUGUUGCUAUAAAAUGGUUUGGCUUGAAAAUGGAUAAUAGACAUCACGUUGUGGUAGAGAAUGGCGUGGAAUUUGUGGAAAAUGCAGUCAGUCGGGGCGCUAAGUUUGAUGUGAUCCAUAUUGAUGCGUGUACAACGGAAAAAAAUGUGGACACAAAUUGCCCGGUGAACAUAUUUUACACUGAGGAAAGUGUACGAAAUUUUGCUACAUUACUCAACCCAAGAGGAGCAGUCAUAGUGAAUGUGGUUACGAUCAAAGGCGAUCAGAUAGGUGCAGCUGAGAAGGUAAAGAAGGCGUUUGGGAAAGCUUUCACUGAAUGCACGUACGAAUACGCUCCUUUCAGUCCAUCCAAUAUAAUCAUGACUUGUACCCAAUUCCAACGACCGCAUGGAUUGAAAGAACGGUACCAGAAAUUGAUGAACUAUUCAACUCCAGAGCAAACAUAG